AUGCACUGUGAUAUUUCCAUCAAUCUGAAUCAUAGUGGACCAGUGAUUGAGUCCCAUCAAUAUAGGCUCCAAUGUCACAUUCCUAAUGUGGUUCAGGCUACGAGUGUGAAAUGGUACAAAAGGCAGAGUCUGGUCUAUCAAGAAACCCUCAGUGGCAACAGCAAGACUCCUGAACUCACUAUCGUGCCAAACAGAACAGAUGAUGGAGUCCAGUACAGGUGUGAAGCAGAGCUGAACGUAGGACUGAGAUCAUCAAAACACAUCAGCAUUCAAGUAUUUUAUGUAUCCAUCACCACUGUAAAUCACACUGGACCAGUGAUUGAGUCCCAUCAAUAUAGGCUCCAAUGUCACAUUCCUAAUGUGGUUCAGGCUACGAGUGUAAAAUGGUACAAAAAACAGAGUCUGGUCUAUCAAGAAAGCCUUGACAUCAACAAGACUCCUGAACUCACGAUCGUGCCAAACAGAACAGAUGACGGAGCCCAGUACAGAUGUGAAGCAGAGCUGAACGCAGGACCAUUUGUACCCCAGCGAUUGAAACAACUGACCUCAGAUCUUCUCAGCAUCACAGUACAUUUUAAACCAACCAUCAAUGGGACCAAUCUGCCCACUAAAGUGCCUGUGUUUCGAGGCUAUCCUUUGGUGCUUGUGUGUGAAGCAGAGGGUAACCCAAAACCAACGGUCAGCUGGAGCCAAACCAAUCCUGCAGUUAAUGGUGGAAAUCUCACAAUAACAGAGCUAAUAUCCCAGAAUCCAGUCUGCACCGCAAUCAAUAUCGUUGGCUCCACCAGCAGAAAUAUAACAGUGGUCCCAACAGAGGACUAUCUGCCUUUGAUCGCAGGCCUUGUUGCUGUCACAGUGGCGAUCAUCUCAGUUAUCUUUGUCUUCAUCUUCUCCAUAUACUACAAAACAGCCAAGACGGGACAUUACAGCCUGAAAGAUGCCAAGCCCAGUCCACAAAAUGGAAACAUAGCACAGAAUGGCAAAGACAACCCUCUCCACAUGAAGAAACUCUCUCAGAGCGAUAUCCUUGCUUAUCCUUGAGUCAUCUCAAACUGAGACCAUUUUGCAAGAGGAGAUGGACCAAGGUUUUUUUUACACUGGAGGACUGUGGGCUACUGCUCAGUGGCUGGUUUCUUUUAUGGAGUAAUGUUCCAGUUACUUUACUUUCAGACCCAUUUUCUUUUAAAAUGGACAUUACAGUGUUUCCAAAAAAACUUAAAUGCUUCAUGUAUUUUUCGGUAUCUUUCUCGACAUCUGUUCUUGAGUCAAUGUUUGCCAGAACAGAUGUUUUAUAGGAAAUAACCUGUCCUUAAAUCAGCUUUCAUCAAGAAUCUUUAAUUGAGAACAUUUAUCAGCCAUAAGGUGAUUCUAGAUUGAGUCAUAAAUGCCUUGUUCACUGAAAUAAGGUAGUCGCACACUUUCAAGCGUUUAUAGGUUUUUGUAAAUUGCAUAACAAAAGUAUUCUUUUGUAUUGAGUCUCAGGCACAUUGGUCAUUUUUAAUAUUUGUUUUGUGUGCUGAAUUGAGUAUUGAUAAACACAGCUGAGGAUGUUACAUCAAUAAAUACAUUGAUAGUUGUCUUCCAGAAAAAUUGUCACUUUAGAGGUUAGAAAUAUGCACAGACUGUGAAGACGUCAAUGUUUGGAAAUGAGGACUUGUGUGCCUAACCUGUGACAUCAUGUUUUGAUGAAUUUCUGUAUGUCUGUAAAGAGAAGCUGUAUGUAAAGUUAGUGUGCCAGUUUUAUGGCUCAAGGACUGUAUUGCUGUUAAAACUCAUUGAAUAUCUAUAUUUUUACUGUAUUGCAUAAUCUUACCAAAUAACCAGAUACAAAUCAAACAUCACAUAAUGUAUAAAUUAAUUUGUUGGAAAAAAACAAAUAUUUAAAAAAAGCAUACAUUUGUUUAACAAAAAAUAAAAAAUAGUGUACUGAUCAAUUUUCUCAUUCCUCAGGACCAUUGAACAACUUCUGUUGAUCUGAAAACCUGUUUUGUGUCAAAGAGAGUUAGAUUAUAAUUUUCCAUCCACUAAUGGAAACCCCAUAAGGGUUAAAGUGUGCUUGCAUAUGUUGGACUGGCAGCUAUAGUGUUCGCUUCUAUAGAAAGGUAGAACUGUUUUUGACUAGUUCCUGAUAACCUGCACAGUAACCAUACUCUGUUCUAUACAAGGUAAUGAAUGUAUACAAAUAUACAGUAUCUGAUUGGUUAAGGCACUGGCGUGCCUUUGAGGAAAUAAAGUAAGUAAGAUA